AUGUGCUGGACAUUUGUCCACCUGCUGAUCUUGACGACACUCAGCUGUCUGUCUUGCGCUGAGGUCAAGACAAAGGUUCCCGUUUCCUGCCCAGACUACCAGAGGGCUUUUGGAGGCUCCUGCUACGAGUUUGUGGUUCUCCAGCACAGUUUUUUCAGCGCACAGGCUUGGUGCGAGCAGAGCGGUGGACACCUUGCAUUUAUCCCAAAUGAAGAAACUCAAUAUUUCCUUCAGAGACUCUCGGACCCCGAGAAGGAGGUGUGGCUUGGACUGGCACCCUCUGCCUCUCCAAACUCUGCAACCUUUGAAGGUGCUCUCUCUUGGCUGGAUGGUUCACAUGUCACCUAUUCAAACUGGGUGAGCAGCCCACAGCCAGGAGCAGCUUGUGGACACACACUGAGAGACUUCCAAUGGGAAGCCACAAGAGACUGCAACAAAGAACUGCACUUUAUCUGCCAGUUUGACUCUGGGAGAUCCAUUGCGUGUGCAGGUGGAAACACCUCCUUGCAGUGCAGUUCUGGUCAAGUCUUAAUGAUAGAUGGUGGCUUCUACGGUCGUAAGAACAUUCAUUACUGCAGAUCCACGCUCUCCCCACCAACAACAUCCACAGGACACCAGUGUGGCUGGGUGGAUGUCGUAGAAUCAUUAACAGCCCACUGCCACGGCCGUCAGGUCUGCCAGAUUGCUGAAGUUGUGGACUCCUUUGGUGAACCCUGUCCUCAGCUGGGUAGCUACCUGUCUGUGGACUACCACUGCAAAGAUGGUACAAAUGUGACCUACCGAAUCCAGAGUGAUGAAACAUUGUUGCUUGGUUUAUCUGUAUAUAGAGGAAAUGUUUCCCAGAACAUCACAGUGACUCCAGAAAUGAUGAAGCAGCUGGGGCCUGGCUGCCACAAGCUGACCCUUUAUGCAUCUAACAUGGUCACACACCCUGAAGUGUCCACAGACCUGCAGCUUCGUGAGAAGAUGCUGGACAUUAUGAUUGGCACAGUAAAUAAAGCUCCGCCCAACUCUCCAGAAGAAGUUCAGGUGAUAGCCAGAGGACUUGCUGCUGUCGUCAAGAAAGGCCCUGAGCUCAGCUCCUCUGCUCAGGUAGAGGCUUCAUUACUGUUUGCCACCCUAAGCUUGUCUCUCCUCAACAUGGAUGUGAACAAAAGUGAAGACAACAUAAAUGAAAUUCAAGCUGCAGCCAGCACCAUUGUGGAGGGAGCAAGCAAUAUCUUGGACUAUUCUUCCAAUCGAAACAUCUCUGAUGCCCUUCUCUUUACUCUGAGCAAUACACAGAGUGCACUGUUGGCAUUUAAGGAUGCCAACGAAGGGCCAACUAUCAUCCAACAAGCUCAUAUAAGUGUGCUUGUCAAUAGAGUGACACCAGGAAACUUACACACAGGGUUUAUAAAUAUCCCCAACAGUUCCAGCCCCACAUUUUCGCUCCCAACACUAACUUCUAAUAUUUUACCUUCAGAUGAACCAGUGGAUGUACGAAUGCUGAGUUUCGACAAAAACCCAUUUUCCUGGAAUGAAAGAGGGAACAUCAGUGGCCAAAUAGGUGCUCUCUCCCUCUCAAGAAAAGAUGGGUCCGGUAUCCCUGUGGAGAACCUGAGCGAGGAUAUCAAGAUUCUGUUACCAAGGCCUGUAGGAGAGCAGGUGAACACCUCUGUUUUGGACCUGGGGAACUACAGCACAACUGUCAUAAACGUUCCUUCAGCCGAUACUACGCUGGUGUUAAAGAUGGUGCCUUCAAAUGAUCCUCUACCCUUCAAACUGUUCCUUGGUCAUAAUGACUACCCCACUGAAAGAAAUAAUGUUGCAAUGACAGAGAUGCCUCACCAGGGAGCAACACAAGAGGAGAGAUACACUUGGCUACUAGACCCUAAGGAUUUAAAGGGAAACAAUGGAGUGCACUAUCUUGUAGUGAGGCCCAUUGUAGGUCCGGGUAUAAAAUCCAUCAAUGCCAGUUUAUCAAUUACCUCCUUCACUGCCGCAUGUAGAUUUUGGGAUGAAUCACUAUUGGACUGGAGCACUUUUGGAUGCAGGGUUGGUGUUCAGACAACACAUUUAGUCACCCAGUGCCUCUGCAACCACCUCACCUUCUUUGGUGGCUCUUUCUUCGUCACUCCCAACCUUGUUGACCCGUCACGCACUGCUGAGCUGUUUGGGACUUUUGCCGAAAAUCCUGUGGUUGUCUGCUUUGUGGGGUCACUCUUUGUGGCCUAUCUGUUGGUGGUUGUGUGGGCACGACGGAAAGACAUUCAAGACACUGUCAAGGUGAAGGUAACUGUGCUGGAGGACAACGAACCCGUAGAUGAGUACCGCUACCUGUUAAGUGUCAGCACUGGGCAUCGGAGAGGAGCCUCCACUUCUUCCCAGGUGACAAUCACUCUGCUGGGUGCAGAGGGAAACAGUGAACCGCAUCACCUGACGGAUCCAAAGAAAUGUGUGUUUGAGAGAGGUGCAGUUGAUGUAUUCCUGCUUACUACACCCUUCUCCUUGGGAGACCUGCAGGGCAUCAGACUGUGGCACAAUAACUUAGGAAGCCAUCCUGCCUGGUAUGUUGGCAAUGUCAUGGUUCAGGAUAUACAGACAGAGCAGAAAUGGCAUUUCCUAUGCAACUCCUGGCUGGCCAUAGACAUAGGGGUUUGUUCCAUCGAUAAAGUUGUUCCUGUGUCGACAGAGAUGGACUUGCAGAGGUUCAGUAACUUGUUCUUCAUGAAGACUGCAAAGGAUUUCAGUGACGGACACCUCUGGUACUCUGUGAUCAGUCGACCACCGAGCAGCACCUUCACUUGUGUUCAGAGAGUUUCCUGCUGUUUUACAAUGCUGCUGUGCACCAUGCUGACCAGCAUCAUGUUUUAUGGCAUCCCAACAGAUCCCUCUGAGCAGACCAUGGACCUGGGUCACUUUGAGUUUACCUGGCAACAGUUCAUGGUUGGAGUUCAGAGCUCCCUCAUCAUGUUUCCUAUAAAUAUCAUUAUUGUUAGCAUCUUCAGAAACACUCGUCCUCGGGAGACAUCUUGUUGCAAGAGCAAAAGCGGAAAAACAGAUGCCCUUGAACAUAAUUCUUUCUCACAGACUACCACCGCCAACAUGAAUGUCAAUGUCACUUUAGACACCGUCAUCAAGACCUUGAAAAGCAACAUACCGUGCACUGAGUCAGAGUUUGGGCCUGGACAACAUGUUGAUAUCAAUGCUGUUCUUUCUGUGGUGGAGGACUUCAUCAAAUCCAAUAACAAAACUGUUGACACUGCUCAGCCCAAAUCCCAGAGCUUUGGCAACCUCGUUCAGCCACAGCUACCAGAGGGCAGUCCUAGGUCAACAGUGGAGGAGAUUCAAAAGAAGAGCAACAAAACCCAGUAUCUGUAUCGGCAGCUGUACCACAUUGACAAAGAGCUGAGCCUGCUGGGACCCUCCGACUUUCCCACCCCACAAAGCUAUGACCGGGCUGUGCAACAGGUCCAGGGCAUGAAAGGCUUACUUGAAGAUCAGCUCUUCACAGUUAGCUGUGUCAACCCAGAUGAAACCACCCAGAAGAAGGGGUGCUGUCAUAGAGGACUACCCUGGUGGUUUGUGUUCGUGGGCUGGCUGCUAGUGAUCGCAAGCAGUGUCAUAGCGGGAUAUUUCACAAUGCUUUAUGGGUUAAAAUUUGGGAAGAAACGCUCUGUGAGCUGGUUGGUGUCCAUGAUUGUCUCCUUUUUUCAGAGUGUCCUCGUCAUUCAGCCAUUAAAGGUGCUAUGUCUUGCAGUCUUCUUUGCACUUGUAAUAAAGAAAGUUGAUGAGGAAGAUUUCCAAAAUAUGGAGUUUGAAGGAAAUGACAGAAAUCUAGGUGAUUGUAAGGACCAACAAAUUGUCAGACGGGAUUGCAGUUUCUAUGAGCCUCCUCAUGCUGCAGACGUUGAGAAGAUGAAAAGGAAAAAGAUUAUGGACCAGAAAGCCUUUGCCCUCCUCAAAGAGAUCUUGACCUACAUGGGGUUUAUGUGGAUGUUGCUGCUGGUGGCGUACGGCCAGAGAGAUCCCAAUGCUUUUUUCCUGAACCGUCACAUCCGGGAUAGCUUCUGUAAAGAGAUCUCAGACAGCAUGAGUCUUGGAGAUGUGUUCACUUGGGCCAACACAUCGCUAUUAAGUAACCUUUUGGGAGUUUAUCCAGGAUUCAUCACGGAUGGGAACUCCAAGCUCGUAGGCAAUGCUCGUCUUCGUCAAUUGAGAGUGCAGAGGAACUCCUGUCAGAUUGCAGGCCCUAUGCUCCAGUUUGCACCAGACUGUAACGCUCCAUAUUCAUGGGAGGAGGAGGACAUGGGCUCCUAUGACACUGGCUGGAACCACUCUGUGAGGGAUAAUAUCUCUACAAGCACACCCAGCCCGUGGACGUACAAGACACAGUCUCAGCUCAGGGCUUAUCCUAUCUGGGGCAAAAUGGUGCUCUACAGGGGAGGUGGCUAUGUAGUGGAGCUCGGCCCGGAUUUACAAAAUGCCAGCAGCACCCUUGAGAACUUGUUCAGGAAUACGUGGCUGGACGUGUAUACAAGGGCGGUCUUUGUAGAGUUCACUGUCUAUAAUGCUAAUGUGAACCUCUUCUGCAUUGUCACGCUCUUGCUGGAGACCACAGCUGUAGGAGCAUUUCAGUUCCACAGUGAGCUGCAGAGUGUUCGUCUUUACCAUUCAACUGGUGGUCUUCACAUCUUCGUUAUGGCUGCUGAGAUCAUAUACAUGCUUUUCAUCCUCUAUUACAUGUUCCUGCAGGGCAAAUUAAUGAAGCAGCAGCGUUGGGCUUACUUCAGGAGCAAGUGGAACCUUCUUGAGCUGACGAUCAUCUCACUUAGCUGGAGUGCCGUGGCUGUCUUCAUCAAGAGGACGCUGCUCGGGAACCGCGAAAUGACCUAUUUCCACAACAACAAGCACCAAUUUGCCAGGUUUUACGAGACAGCCGCAGCAGACUCAGUGCUCCAGUAUCUGAUUGCUUUCCUGGUUCUGCUGGCCACCUUCAAACUGUGGCACCUGCUCAGACUGAACCCCAAGAUGAACAUGAUCACUGCAGCACUGCAGCGGGCCUGGAACGACAUAUCCAGUUUUCUUGUGAUCAUUGUGAUCAUGUUUGUGGCGUAUUCGGUUGCCUGCAACGUGAUUUAUGGCUGGAAGGUAUCCUCAUAUAAAACUUUGUCGGAUGCUCUCCUGACCAUCAUCAGUUUGCAGAUAGGCAUCUUUAACUAUGACGAGGUCUUGGACUACACCCCCGUGCUCGGUGGAUUACUAUUUGGUUCCUGUAUUGUGUUGAUGACGUUUGUGGUGCUCAAUCUCUUACUCUCAGUGAUCCUGGUGGCAUUCCACCAGGAGCAAAUACAUCACAAGCCCUCAGAGGAAGAGGAGAUAGUCGACCUGAUGCUGAAGAAUAUCUGCAUUCUUUUUGGGAUCAGAUAUAAAGACACAAAAGACACUGAUGCAGACGAGAACGAUGGCUUGACCCUGAAGAACAGCAGAAAUACCCUCAACAAAUCCCCAAUUGAUGUCAACAUUUUUUAG